UAGGAUAGACAAAAAAAAAAAGAAGUAAAACUCUUAAACUGGAACAGAGGAGCACUCAACUAGGACUUGUAACUAUCUCUUGUAACAGACCUGUGCUCUCGUGACAAGUCUGUUUGGCCUAUGUCGGGAUUUAAGAAUAAGACCUUCCAAUUGUAUACAGCCACAAUUGUUUUUCUCAAUACUCGGGGAGUUUGCAUAUUCCAUACUUAAUCAAUUGCGUAACAGUUUUGAAUUGUACUUGUAAAGUCAUAUUCACGCGGGAAAAAAGUCUCAAUACAACAUAUAUACUGCUUUAUAAAUCAUUACGAAACACAGCCAAGAUCACACGUUACUAAAAAUAGAUCAUCUUCAUAUAUUUGCUACAACCAUCAGAGAGAGAGAGAGAGAGACAGCCUUGUUAUGGAGUCCAAAAAAAACACCUUUAGCGUACUCAUGUUACCAUGGUUAGCCCAUGGUCACAUAAAUCCAUUCCUAGAGCUAGCCAAGAAGCUUGCAAAUAGAAACAUACACAUUUACAUGUGUUCCACUCCGGUAAAUCUAAGCUCCAUCAAGAAAAGAGUCACAGAGAAGUAUUCUCAGUCAAUAGAAUUAGUUGAGUUUCAUCUUCCAUCUUUGCCAGAUCUUCCUCCUCAUUACCACACGACUAACGGCCUUCCAUCCCAUCUCAUCUCCACCCUCAAAAAAGCAUUUGAUGGGAGCACUCCAAACUUCUCUAAGAAAUUACAAACUCUAAAUCCAGACUUGGUCAUUUAUGACUGCAAUCUGCCAUGGGCUGCUGAGUGUUCCUCCUCUAUGAACAUUCCUGCUGUGCAGUUCCUCACUUUUAGCGCAGCCGUGAUUGCUUUGGGCAUCCACAUGUAUGAUAAGCCAGGAGAAAUGUUCCCAUUUCCUGAAAUUUACCUGCGUGAAUACGAAAUGCUUUCAUUGAAGAAAGUUCUUAAGGAAGUACCAGGUGGGAAGUUCCCAUUCGACGAGGGUCUUAGGCGAUCACAGGACAUUAUUCUGAUGAAAACCUGCAGAGAUUUUGAAGGGAAAUAUAUGGAUUAUCUUUCAAGUUUGGUCUCCAAAAAAACAGUCCCAGUUGGUACACUAGUUCAGGAAUCCAUUAACCGAGAUGACCAUGAGGAAAUCACACAAUGGCUUGACAAGAAAGAAGAAUGUUCAAGUGUGUUUGUUUCAUUUGGGAGCGAGUAUUUUCUAUCUAAUGAGCAGAUACAUGCAGUAGCUCAAGGACUAGAGCUUAGCAAAGUGAACUUCAUUUGGAUCAUUAGGUUUCCACAAGGUGAAAAAAUUAGUAUUCAAGAUGCAUUACCAGAAGGGUUUCUUGAAAGGGUAGGAGAAAGAGGAAUGGUUAUGGAUGGAUGGGCCCCUCAAGCAACAAUUCUUCAACACCCAUCAAUAGGCGGGUUCGUGAGUCACUGUGGAUGGAGUUCGUUCACGGAAAGUAUGAAGUUUGGUGUGCCCAUAAUUGCCAUGCCCAUGCAUCUUGAUCAACCAAUGAAUGCUAGGCUUGUGGAAUAUAUCGAGAUGGGAGUGGAAGCAUUGAGGGAUGAGAAUGGAAAGUUACAAAGUGAAGAAAUUGCAAAGGUGAUAAGGAAAGUGGUAGCGGACGAAAGUGGGGAGGCUGUGAGGAAGAAAGUUAAGGAACUGAGUGAGAAGAUGAAUAUGAAAGGGGAUGAGGAGAUAGACGAAGUGGUGGAAGAGUUGGUGGCUCUUUGUAGCUACAAAUGAGCAAUAAUAUUUAGGUUAUAUCCGUAAUGAAUUUUUUACUCUAUCAGUGUAAC